AUGGAGGAGAUACUUACCCAACGAGAUUCUCUUAUUGAGAAACGAAACGCUCUAAGGAGGAAACUAAUUGAGAAAACGAAAAGAUCCGUCAAGUCAAUCAAGCCACGUACGUUAGAUACGUACAAGUAUGCUUUUCAUUUGGUAUCUUGUCACUCUAGACUGCCUUCACUCGAUAUCGAGCAGCGGCUGCAAUACGCCAAACUGGCGUCUCCUCAAAUGUCUGUCCCCUCAUACAGGAAGAUGGGGAACUCAAUUACCAUGUCUCUAGACUUCGCCUCUGUGGGGGUGUUCACAAUCAACUUGUCCAUUGGCGACAAUGGCACCGUAUCCCAUUUAUCUAUAACACCCCCCGCUCUCACCAUUGAUGAAUCAGUCACCAUUAAUACUCUCGUUGGUGAAUGUCAAGCCUCAAAAAAUAUCUCUCUCUUCAUUUACCGUUUGAAUACCUUGGUACGCAUGAGAGAGAAACGCAGACGUAGUUGGUAUUCCCUACUCCCCAUGGAUGUUCACAUCGAAUCGUUGAACAACAUCACUGUCCUUGACCCUCAUACGCUCUUUGCUCACUCUCCGGCCACUUUGGCAAUCAAAUUGAGGAAACCCUCACCCUUGGUGACCAUAACGUGGUUGAUAGACUUUACAAAAUCAAAACAUUGUACGUCGGAUUUCCAUGUCUCCACCAACACAGAUUUAGAUCUCACAGACAUAUUCAAGGCACUCGUGCGAACCCAUGGCGUUAAAAUGGCAGUUGUGCGAUUGCUAUCAAUCCUGUAA